AUGAUUCUUAUCAUCGAGACACCAUGGGCCGCAGCAACAUUGCCGCAUACUCGCACGCUUGGAUUGACUGAUCAAGGCUUCAAACUCGAGUCAGAUUAUACCAUGUGA